CCAAAUUAAAAAGAGAGUUCAAACAAACCCCCCAAAAAAACAACUCUUCAAAAUGGAUACGCAUCUUUGCGACGAGCUCCUCGAAGAAAUCUUCCGCCGCCUCUCUCCGCCGUCCUCCGCCGCGGUCUCCCUCGUCUCGAAGCGGUGUCGCCGCCUCCUCCGCUCCUCCACCACCUCCCUGUCCCUGAAUUUCCCCCCUCCCUACAACCCCUCCACCAUAAAAUCCUUAUCCACUUUCCUCUCCCACCAUCCUUAUCUCUCCUCAAUCUCCCUCACCGGCGGCGGCGACCCUCUCCUCCUCGCCGUCACCGAUUCCUGCCCCAACCUCCGCCACCUCCGCCACCCGGGCGACCCAGUUUCCCCCUUUGCCCUUUACACCCUCUCAGCUUCCUGCGUCCAUCUCUCCUCCAUCUCAGUUUCUCUCUCUAGACCCCUCUCCUUCCACUGGCUUCCCUGUUUCAAUUCGCUGAAACGCCUCUCUCUUUCCUUCACCGGCCCAUCAAUUGAAGAUAAUAAUCUCGAAAUUGAAGAAAACAGAGACGCCUCUGAUUUGGAAUUGAAUUUGGAAAGCCUUUCUCUGCGUGGAAUUUCUGCCGGAGACAGUGCGUUGAGCUUUCUAUGGAGAAACUGCAGGAAUGUGAAGAAUUUGCAGCUCAAGAGCUGCGAUAGCGUCGGAGAUUACCCUUCGUUCUCGAAAUUUCUGAAAUUCUGGAACAAUUUAGAAGAAGUCGAGCUGAGAACUUCCAGAAGCAUCGUCGAUUUAGUUCUGCUGAAACUCGCCGCCGAUUGCCUAUCUCUGCAAUCGCUGCUAGUCCACGACGGCGGCAACAAAGAAGGCCUCCUCCACUUCAUCAAUCACACCAAAUCGAGCUUUAAAAGGCUCGAUUUGAGAUUGCCGCUCGAUCUCGAAAACGCCCAUUUAAUCGCGUUAUCCCAAAACCCUAAUUUCAAAAAUUUGAAAAUUCUACGGCUGGAGAGCUGCUGCCUCGUCACCGGGGAAGGGCUGAAGGCGGCGGUGGGAGAGGCGAUGGAGGAGCUCGCGCUGAUAAACUGCGACGUGGUGGAGAGGGAGGCCGGAUUGCUGGCGGCGCUAGGGCAGAAAUUGGGAAAUUUGAGGGGGCUGGAUUUGUCGCACAAUGAGAUGAUGGCUGAUAAGGAUCUCGUGUCGAUGGUGGUGUCGUGCGGUGGAUUGGAGGAGGUGAGGCUGAGGGGAUGCGGUCGAUUGAGCGACGCGGCAGUGAUUGCGAUGGUGAGGAGCUGCCGGAAUUUGGAGAGAGUGGAUGUGAGCCGCUGCGGUGGGAUUGGAGGGGAAGGGGUGGAGGCGCUGGUGGUGAAGGCUGCGGCUUUCAGGAGAGUGGCGGUGGAGGAGAGCAAACUUACUCCGCUUGCUAAGACGGCGGCGGCGAGGAAAUGUGUGGAGAUUGUGGAUACACUUUGAAGGGUUUCAUUUUAUUUAAUUACCUUUAUAAUAAUGUAUUAAUUACAAUUACAAUAGAUAUAUCAAAAUUCAAAAGUGUGUCUAGUAACCCUUCUUUAUUGUAUAUUGGAUUUCUUGCUGAAGCACAAGUUGAAUCCCCAAGGGCGCUCACAGCAGGCCCGGAAGAGGUGUCGCGCCUAAGGCCCGGGACAAGAUGGUGCAUCGCAGGUAGGGAGGUUGGGCCGGGGACCGGGAUUGAGGCCACAUUUGUCUAUUUGUAAACUGUGAAUUGUGGUUGUUGGUGUCUGAUCUGAAAAGUGCCACAUUGGCCUAGUUGUAAACUGUGAAUUGUUGUUGUUAAUGUCUGAUCCGAAAUAUUGAUAUGAUACAUGGAUUAUAUGUUUGAUA